AUGCGCUCGAAAAACAACAAGAAACCAGCCACAGCAUCCUUCAAGAGCAGAGAUCGUUUUCUCUUAGUUUUGCGGAUUUACCUAUUGAAGGAGGAAAGGUUUUUUGCGGGUGUAGCUCCCUCCAAUCUGGGUCUCUGUGAAUUUCUGGGAUUGACAUUCGUGAAGGACCCACCCUAGAGCUAAAGCGCGAACGUAUUUCGGUGUUUAUACACCAAAUGCCAGGAUAUAAGAGAAGAUACUGAAGAUAGGGGUGCAUUCACCCCUUCUUCAAUACCUCCCCAAUAUAAUGUUUGAAGUAAUAAACGUUGGAAUUUAUUCAUUCAUUAUUUUCAUAGUUGCAAAUGUCCAAUGCAACAAUAAUAACAACAAUACAUCCGUAACUUUGCCGCCGCCUCCAUUUUAUUCAGCACAUAGAGGGGCAGCUAGACAAAUGUACGGAUCGGGAUCGUUGCGACCUCCUGGUACGAAAUCGGUGAUCUACGCAACGGGACAACGUCAACACGGUAUCCGCACAACGAUGUCUCCUCAAGUGUACAGCCCGCCACAAUUCGUACCCUACGUAGUACCAGUACCCGUUUUCCCAAUUCAUAUGAGGGCGGAUGAAUACGAACCGAUGAUAAGAGGUUAUCCAGGAAUUCACCACAUCCAGAUUCCCCCUCGAAGUGACCGUCCGUCGAAUCGAGGAGGCGGUAGAUACGGAGGUCGUUUCGAAUAUCCAAACGGCAGACCGAUUUAUGGAUUUUCCAACGCGCGGUAUCCCUUCGACUUUGGAUUCGUGAGAGGUAGAGGAAUUUCAUCUGAUUACGAUGAGUCUCGCAGUGGAGCAUAUCUUGUACAUAGAACUGAAGACGACGACAACGACGAAUACGUCGAAACGUAUCCGACGAUAAAACCUCAAGAAAAUAGAGACGUUCAACCGAAAAAAGCUAUAGAACAUCAUUCGUGCGAGAAAAUUUGCAAGAAAAGCGAAAUGUUGUGCAAGAAGUCUUGUUUUUGCUUAAAAGAAGAACUGAGAUGCGAUGGAAUUAAUGAUUGUGAAGGUAACGAAGACGAAUUAGAUUGUGAUCAUAUUGAUCACCAUGUGCAAUGUGACGAAACUAAGGAAUACGUGUUAUGUCCAAGAACUAAAAAGUGUAUUUUGAAAGAUUGGCUCUGCGAUGGAGAUGACGAUUGUGGUGAUUUUUCUGAUGAAACACAUUGUGGUUUUAAUGUGAAUUGUACUAACGAUCAAUUCCAAUGCGACAAUGGCCUAUGUAUACCUAAAUUAUGGACAUGUGACAAUGACAACGACUGCAAAGACUAUUCUGACGAAUUUAAUUGCACUAUUACGGGAUGCGAGGAAAAUGAAUUUGAAUGCUCAGACACGACAUGCAUCUCGAUAAGUUGGAAAUGUGAUAGACAUAUAGACUGCACUGAUGGCUCCGAUGAAAGCGAUUGUGAUGUUAUUCCUCCAUAUUGUACGGAAAAUGAGUUCCAAUGUGCAUCUCAUGUUUGUAUCAAAAUCGAAUUCAAGUGCGAUGGUGAUGAUGAUUGUGAUGAUUGGAGCGACGAGGAUGAUUGUCCCAAGAUACAAAGUACCUGCGUUUCAGGAGAAUUCAAAUGUAAUAGUGGUAAGUGUAUACCGGAAAGAUAUAAAUGCGACAGACAAUUAGACUGUGAUGAUAACGAAGAUGAAAUAAAUUGUGAUUAUAAUAUUACGAAAACUUGUUCACCGGAUGAGUAUACUUGUGACAAUGGAGCUUGUGUUUUGCGUACAUGGGUGUGUGACGGUUUGGAAGAUUGUUCACAAGGUGAAGACGAAUCUAAAUGCGAAAUAGUCUGCGACGAAGCCAAAUUUCCUUGUAGCGGUAUUGAUCCAAAUAGCAAUAAAACGGAAACGUGUAUAAGUAAAAAAUACAGAUGCGAUGGAAGGAGAGAUUGCCCGAAAGGGGAAGACGAAGAACAAUGUCCCGCAAAACGCGAAUGCGAAAGAAAUACCACUUGUAAACAACUUUGUAUCACUACUGCCGAUGGUAAUAAGGGUUGUUCUUGUUUAAACGGUUUCCAACUUAACAAAGACGGCGUCAGCUGCGACGAUAUUAACGAAUGUUUAUAUGCAACUGAUCCUGUUUGUUCCCAAAAUUGUAACAACACAAUUGGUAGUUUCAAAUGCGGUUGUAUGACCGGCUAUGUCUUGAGACCGGAUUUGAGGACUUGCAAAGCGAUGGGGGCGCCACCAACUUUAUUAUUUGCCAAUAGAAUCGAUAUAAGGGAGGUAUCCCUAAGUAAUUCAAAGUAUACUGCGAUUUUGAGAGGACUCCACAAUGCCAUAUCAUUAGAUUAUCAUUACGAGAAAGGUUAUAUAUUUUGGUCGGAUGUAUCUAUGGAUGUUAUAAGAAGGGCCUUCAUAAAUGGAACCGAAAUUACAGAUGUGAUAAAAUCUGGAUUGGAGUCACCAGGUGGAGUAGCCUUAGACUGGAUACACGAUCUGAUAUUUUGGACGGAUUCCGGUACCAGAAGAAUCGAAGUAGCUACUCUAGACGGUCAACAAAGAUCCAUAAUAGCGGCCAGCGAAAUCGACAAACCCAGAGCUAUAGCAGUUCAUCCGGGACAAGCUCUCAUAUUUUGGACUGAUUGGGGCCCAAAUCCUAAAAUAGAACGCGCCGAAAUGGACGGUUCAAAAAGAUACAGUAUCAUUACCGAAUCUGUAUUUUGGCCUAACGGCUUAACCAUAGAUUAUACUUCAAAUCAAAUUUAUUGGGCCGAUGCUAAACAUAAUGUUAUAGAAACAUCUAAUUUUGAUGGAAAAUAUAGGAAAAAGGUUAUUAGUAAAGGAUUGCCUCAUCCUUUCGCGAUUACCAUUUUCGAAGAUGCCAUUUUUUGGACCGACUGGCAUACCAAGUCCAUUUCGACAGCUAAUAAAGUGACAGGUGCUGGUAUGCGUCCCCUGCAUUCUCAGCUACAUUUUCCAAUGGAUAUCCAUAGUUAUCAUCCGCAACGACAACCGAAAUAUAAGAACCAUUGCGGUAAAAAUAACGGUGGUUGUGCCCAUAUGUGUCUACCAAACAAAAAUUCGUAUAGUUGUGUUUGUCGGAUGGGUCAGAAAUUGAAAUCCGAUAAAAAAUCCUGUCAGAAACCUGAUAAAUUUCUAUUAUUCGCCAGAAAGAAAGACCUGAGGAUCAAGUACAUGGAUGGAAGUCAUCAACAUCAAUACGAAAUGGUUAUACCGGUAGAUGGUAUUAAAUCAGCAGUAGCUAUUGCAUGGGAUUCGAAAAACGAUUUUAUUUAUUGGACGGACGUGGAAAGAAAUUCUAUAAACAGGGCGUUUUGGAAUGGAACGUUCCAAGAAAUUUUGAUACAUCAAAAUAUAAUUUCUCCCGCUGGUAUUUCUUUCGAUUGGGCAACGGAUAAAAUAUACUGGACAGAUGCCGGUACAGAUAGAAUCGAAGUAGCUAAUUCCAAUGGUACUUUGAGAUCCUUACUCAUAUGGGAAGAUUUAGAUAAACCUAGAGAUAUUGUAGUUGAUCCUCAAGGUGGUUAUAUGUUUUGGUCGGAAUGGGGAGAACGUCCCAAAAUCGAGAGAGCUAAUAUGGACGGUACCAAUAGACUGAUAAUAGCUAGUAAUAAUCUAACAUGGCCUAAUGGUUUAGCAGUCGAUCAUCUAACCAGUAAAAUUUAUUGGACUGACGGUGGUACAAGAAGCAUCGAAUAUUCUAACCUGGAUGGUACCGAACGAAAAAUCCUUCUAGACGGAAAUAAUGUACCCCAUCCCUUCGGUCUCGACGUUUACGGUGACCACAUCUAUUGGACAGAUUGGGAAACACAAAAUAUUGAAAGAGCGAAUAAAUUCACCGGUAAAAAUCGUACGGUUUUAUCCAACAGCAUGAACGAUUUAAUGGACGUUCGUGUGUUCCAUAGAAAUAGAAAAAAUUUGAAAACUUCUUGCGGUGUUAAUAACGGUGGUUGUUCCCACCUAUGCUUCCUAAGACCCAAAGGACAUUCUUGUGGAUGUCCUAUAGGGAUAAAAUUAGGGGAUGACGGUUUAACAUGUGAAAAAGGUCCAGUCAAUUAUCUAAUUUUCGCCCACCGAAUGGACAUCCGACAGAUAUCUCUUGAUGUACCUUACAUGGCAGACGUGGUAUUACCUUUUCCGAGACUCAAAUUAGUUACAUCAGUUGACGUGGAUAGAAAAACCGGUGACAUCUACUGGACCGAUACAGCUGAAGAUGUUAUUCGAAAAGCUACACCUGACGGAAAAAAUAUAGAUGUUAUCAUAAUGCACGAAAUGGAAUCACCUGAUGGUAUAGCAGUAGACUCGGCUGGUAGAAAGAUAUAUUGGACGGAUGGCGAAAGAAACAGCAUAGAAGUGGCGGAACUAGACGGAAAGCACAGGAAAGUUUUAUUUCAUAGAAAUUUGGUUAAUCCCAGAGCGAUUACUCUACAUUAUCAUCACGGGCUUAUGUUUUGGUCCGAUUGGGGGGAAAAAGGUAAAAUAGAAGUUGCAUACAUGGACGGUACUCAACGGAAAGUUCUUAUAUCUGAUGAUCUCAAUUGGCCUAAUGGAUUGGCAAUAGAUCGUCCAGAUAGUCGUCUCUAUUGGAACGAUGGAAAAUUGAACACCAUAGAAUCCAGUAACCUCAGCGGAAAAGAUAGAAAAAAAAUUUUAACUGCGGUUCCUCAUCCUUAUGGUCUCGUCGUCGUCGGUAAUCACAUAUAUUGGACGGAUUGGCAAACGAGAUCUUUACAUCGAGCCGAUAAAAACACCGGUAAAGACAAGACUAUUAUCAGAGAUAAAUUGGAGGGUUUAAUGGACGUCAGGUCGGUUCAAAGCGACAAUACCGCCGAGAACGCUUGCGGUAACAAGAACGGCGGAUGCUCUCAUUUAUGUUUGAGAAAUCCCGUUUCAUUUACAUGCGCAUGUCCGACCGGUUUGAGUAAAACGAAAACUAAUGAUAAACAGUGCGAACCGAUACCAGAAACUUUUCUACUCAUCGCGACGAGAUACGCAUUAAGUCAAGUCAGUUUGGAUACGAACGACGCUUGGGACGUAACUUUACCGGUAGAUGAAAUAGAAAACGCGAUAGACGUCGAUUUCCAUUGGGAGAAAAAGUUAUAUUUUUACACGGAUAUAGAAAAAAACGUUAUAACUAGCGUAUCGAUGUAUAAUUUAUCGGACAUAAAAAUAAUAGUCAGCAAAAAUUUGUCGUCCCCUGACGGAUUGGCGGUAGAUUGGAUAGCCAACAAUAUAUAUUGGACAAAUACCGGCAAUAAAAUUAUAGAAGUGGCCAGAUUAGACGGGAACCAUAGAAAAACUGUGAUAAAAGAUUAUUUGCACGAUCCCAGAUCGAUAGUGGUGUAUCCUAAAAAGGGAUUUAUAUUUUGGACCGAUUGGGGUAUACCGAAAAUUGAAAGGGCCCAUUUGGAUGGUUCCAAUAGGAAAAAUUUGGUUCAUUCGCAGUUGAAUUUUCCCAUCGGUCUUGUCAUCGAUUACGUUAAGAAGAGACUUUAUUGGAUCGAUGCGAAACUAAACGAGGAAAAAAUCGAAACGACCGAUUUACAUGGAAAUAACAGAGUUAUGAUUAGCGUCCAAUCGACGCAUCCUUUUUCGUUAACGCAACACGAAGAGUAUAUUUACUGGACAGAUUGGUUACAGAAAACCGUAAAACGUGCCGAAAAAACCACCGGUAAAGAUACGGUUAUAAUUAGACCUCAAUUGGAUGCGGCUAUGGGUAUAACUAUGGUAACUGGUAAACGACAACAAGGUUGGAAUCCUUGUGCCGUCGAUAACGGAGGAUGUACGCACCUAUGCCUUUUUAGACUUAAGAAUUAUACUUGUGGUUGCCCAGAUAAAUUCGAUCCUACUUGCAAAACAGUAUCGAACUACGUAGUCCCCCUAAAAUGCCCUCCCGGUAGUUCGAAAUGUGAUAUAGAAGAAGAACGAAUAGACUACGACGAAGAAUUGUUUCCUAACCUCGAUUCGAAAUUCGAAGACGACGUUGACGAUUCGUACAGAUCAUUAGGACAUUCGAAUUUGUUCUACAUAAUGACACUAGUACCCAUGAUAUUUAUAAUACUAGUAUGUGUUGCUUUAGUUGCGUUUUUAUUGAUAAGAAGGGGGAAAAGUAAAUAUGUUUACGGUACGAGUAGAAGUUUUUCGAAUCCAAAUUAUUAUUCACCGAAUAAUGAUUCAGCAUCAGCACCGAAUAAUGGGAAGUUUAUUUGGAAAAGAUUGAAGUACGACAAGACACAGGAGAGGGUGUAUGAAGAAACAGUUGGUAUAAGCAGUCCAGAAAUAGCCAGUCUUAUACCAACAAUUUUGACACCGUGUAGUUCAAAUUGCGAGACAGUCACACCAGAGGUGGAAAGGUCACCAUCAAUAACGCCUUUACAUAAAAGCGACGUUAACGAGACGAUUUCUUAAAUAGUCUUAAAUAACUUUAUAGAGUCACCUAUAUGAGCGAAAACAUGCUGAUAAGAUAUUUAAAUGAAGAAAUUACUACUUUGGGAUUAAAUUGUAGUGUAAGUUAUUUAAUCGUAAAGUAGUAAUUUCUUGAUUUCGUCCUAUAUCGCAUAAAUGUAGAUAAAAAGUCAAAUUAAGGUGACCGACAAUAAAAAGUUGUAAUAAUAGUUAAGUAACUAUUUCCCCCUAUCCCCCUCCAAAAAAAAAAUAUUUAAAAUGAUGAUAUUAUAGACAGACUCAAAGUCUGAUAAUGUUAAAUUUGAUUUAUAUUUUUCAAACUUUUUUAACGAAUGAACUAAUUUAUUAAGGAAUCAAAAUGAUGCAGUCAAAAGCUCGGGUCAAUUCAAAACUUCGAUUUCUUUAGAUAUGUUGCGAAUUGAUGACAUAAUAAACAGGUUGAGAUACAAAAAGAAGUUACAGACGUUUGAUUUCCAAAAAAUUUUCAGUUAAUUCCCUUCUUUUUAUAUAAUAACUACAAUUGUGUUUUUAUUUUAUUUAAUCUAAAGGAUUGAAAUUUUUGACAUUUAUCGGAUUGAUACAAUGUGUCAUUGCCAACUUAAUUCCAGAGAGUAUUUUAAGAAGCCCGAAUCACACCACUAAAAAGUUACUAGAUUGGCAGCGAUGAUAUUGAGUACGAAUAGUAAAUUAAUAUUAACAAGUACUGUUUCUAUAUUCUAAUAAAACAAUGACAACUACGAACUGAAGAAAUAACAAAAUAAACAUUAAUCGUUUGAUCAUAUGUCAAAAGAUUCGUUUCGACUUUUGACAUUCGAAUGCUAAUCAAUUAUGAAUUUUUAUUUGACAGUUGUUUAUACUUGUGUUGUUUUUGCAUAUACAGAAUACAUAGUGCAAACAAGGAUCAACAGAAUAGCCAACUUAAUUAGUUUGAAAACAGAGUAUACAAGUACUGCGUUCAGAUAUUAAAAUUUGAUGACUCUGACUGUUCGAUAUCGUUCCGACAAUCCACGUUUUGUCGACUUUUGACAUUUGAAUGCUUAUCAAUUAGGAAUUUUUAUUCGACAGUUGUUUAUACUUGUGUUCAUAAAGCAUAAAAACUGACUGAGUAUAAUACAACCUCCAGAUCUCACGCUAAAUUGAUUGAGAUACUAUUUCAAGUAUUAGUAUUGAUUUCUAGUAGUGUGAUUUAGGUUAUUAAAAUGGUUCCCAUUACAAAUAGCUGUUAGCAAAGCUGUUUAAACUAAAUUUUAGGUUAAAUCUAAUAAAACAUAUUUUAGAAAAUAUUUGGUAGAAAUAUAUGAAUAACUUGUGUUUUUUACGAAUUUCCGCCCCCUAAGUACUUAAAAAAUGAAGCGAAUUAACAAAAAAAUUAUUUAAUUUGGUUAUUUUCAAUAUUUUUAUAUUUACUAAUUCCAAAAGGCUGUAAUUUGUGAACAAGUGGGUGAAGUUUGAUGGAAUUAUUUUUGUCCCCAAAUUAUGUCCUUCAAUUUUUAAUCUACCUCCCAAUUACAUCCUAAUUAAACGACGUUUUGAACGCAUCAUUUUUUUCGGAAAACAAUGCAACCUGUUUCUACUUAGCGAGUUCUGGUGUAGUAAAUAUUAAAUUGUUUAUUAUUACAAGGGACGUUUUUUUUUCAACCUCCGAUCGCUCCGUGCAGCGAUGAAAGCGGGCAUGUGCCGUUGCCGAUUACGAAGCUCUCGUACUACACACUCCGCCAUUGUUGACAUUCAGACGUCAGUCGGCGUUGUGCUAUAGCCACGUAAACACGUCCGCCAUUAUUGUAGCUCCCGCCAAGAGUGAUUUGCGAAGUGUUAUUUGUUUUCUAUAGGCUGAAGGCAAUAGUGCUGCAGAAAUGCAAAAAAAUGCCACAAAUUUCAAUAAUUUACUUUCUUUUAAUAUGAAGAUGACAGGUCUCCAUUUUCAAACCCAUUCUAACUUGAUUGUAUAAAAAUACUAUUGACGAAUGUCUGAAGAUGGCUGUGUAAGUAAGAAACAGGUUGCAGCGUUGAUAAUUCCCACAGAAAUAUUUUAGGGUAUUGAUAUAUUGUUGAUGAUGUAAUUAAACGUAAUAUAGUGUUUCCAAUAAAUGUUACCUACAUAUCCCGUUGGGUCAUUGGCGUAACCAUUUUGAAAAGUAACUUGAAGAAAUUAACAACAAUUAAAUACUAUAGGUACCGUUUGAGUUUAAUUUUGUACAUAAAUUUUAUAUUAUUGAUAAUAAUAAUAAUAAUAAGGCCUUUUUUGUAUAUCUUUCAAUUUUCUAACGUUGCUUGGUUGAGCCAAUGAUGACAAUACCUUUGAUUGUUUAUUCGUCUUCAGAAAUUAUUACAAAAAAAAAAUGUGGAAAUAUUUUAUAUGUAAUUCCAUAUCAACUUUCUCAUUGGAAAUAUUCCGUGGAAAUAUAAUUGUUCAAUGUUUUUAUUAUGCAUAGUUCAAGUGCCAACGAAGAGGAUGUCGAAAAUUUUUGAGGUUAAGUUUCCAAUCUUACCAAAUGACUGGUCAAUUGAACAUUAAUUGAAAACGGGAAUUGUUAAUUUUCAACAUUCUUUGAUGGGUUCAUAGUAGUUUACUAUAAUUAUCAUUUCCUAUCAACAUUUGAUAGUAAAUCCAAGUUCCAAAGUGAAAUAAUGAUUUUAACACAAGAAAGUUGAUAAUAAAAAUUUUAAAACACUAAUGAAUCGUGAAACAAGGGCCCAUAUUAUGGAAAAAGGCAUUGUAAUAUACAUAAAAACACCAGCAAGCUAAAAUAUAUUGUACAGUAGAAUCCCAGAUAUGAAAACCAUGUCAUUCUAUAGGAAAAAUAAAGGGGAAAGAAUGUAGAAGAAUCAGAAAAGCUCAGUUAGAGACUAAUUCAUCUCAAUGAGUUCAAUGCCUGUAUCUAAAAUACAUGCAGAUGAAGAACUUGAGGAUGCUACUAGAAGAGAUCAAAUAAGCUCAAUUAAAAGAAUGUAUGAUUGAGGAGUUUGCAGCUUAUUUAGUUAAUUUGAGAAAACAACCACCAUUAUUAAGAUUUUCAUGCAGCUUUGAGUUAAUCCUUCAAUCUGAUCGGUGAAGGAGCCCUAACGAUGCUUCUAAUAAGUCUUGACGUAUAUUCUUUAUCAAAAACAUGGUUUUAUGAGAUUUAAUAGAAAGAAAUUUUGUUCCAAAACAUUCUACAUACUUUUGUUGUUAUAAACAUUAUACGAUAUAAACUUACCAACUUCUUUUCUUCAUAAGAUAUUUUGUCAUAUUAUCUUCGAGUAGAAAUAUUUACAUAUUUAUAUUUCAUACCUCUUUUGUAGUUUUGUAUAUACUUGUCGGUGACAUACUGGGUUUCCGAAAUUUAAGUUAUUUGAUACAAUUUAAUUUGUCUUUUUGCUGUACCAUUUUAAUUUAAACAAAUUGAAUGUUGGGUUUAUUUUCUUUAGAGGUUAAGUCUUGGUCUACAGGACGCAAGCUUAUUCGAAAUUUGCCAGACGUGGUAUGUAUAACUGGUUGCAGAAUUAUGUUGCUUGUAAGUGCAAAGUUGUUUCCCCUUGGAAGGUUCGAGCAACAUCUAGUUAACUUUACACGAAUUAAGUAGUUCGUGUAGUAUUUUUGUAAAUUUUGAGGAUAUUGAUUUUUGGUUGUUCAGUCCGUUGAAAGGUUGUUUGGCGCCCGAGCCAUAACAAAUAUGUUUACCAUUACAGAAAGCACCUACAAUGGUUCUCCAAAGACCUAAAGUUGAUUUGUCACUAAAGAUUACCCUAAUGGGGCACCACAUAAGGAAAAUUUUGACAUUUGUAACCACUAAACUGAAUUCAAUUAUACAAAGUGUGAGUGGAAUCAUUUCUUGUAUAACAGAGAAAAUUAUAUUCCCAAAGCUGGCACUCACGCGACUAAUUGUCAAUUGUCACAACUGACAUUUCUGUCAUAAUUUGUUUGUUUUUAUAAGUAAUUAAGUACAGUGAAAGAUAUAAUUAGUUAUUUUCAUAACUGUUUAGAAGAGAAUAUCUCUUGAAAGAUUGUUUGGCGCCCGAGCCAUAACAAACAUGUUAACCAUUACAGAAAGCACCUACAAUGGUUCUCCAAAGACCUAAAGUUAAUUUGUCACUAAAGAUUACCCUACUGAGGUACUACAUAAGGUUUCACAUAGAUUCUUUCUAAAUGGCGAGGUCUUACAGGAUUUUAUUGAAAAAGUGAAGCGAUUUCGCUCCAAGGCGUUCUCUGAGAGAUAUUCCACCAUUUCCAAAUAAAUUUUUUGCAGUCCCAUCAAAAACAUGUUUACUAACCCUGGUACCACUAUAUAAAGAACCAAGUUCAAGUUUAUUCUUCAACAUAGCUAUGGGACUAUCCAUCCAAGCUCAAGUUGAUCCUUCAGCAUAGCUAUGGGGAGUAUUCAUCCAGAAAGGACCAGCUGGAUAUGAUCCAGCGAUGUAUGAAAGACUCCAAGGACCAAGGAUAGUAUUAUUGUUUUGGUCUAGUGGUAGUAAACAGUGUGUUUAUUAUAAAAGGCAUGGUGUUUCAAUAUUUUAUAGGAAGAAUGAGGCAAGUUUGAUCCAGGAAAUUUUCCAAGAAAAAAACUACCGUUGCCAAAUAACUCUACUCACAGAUUUUGUUAUUUUAGUACAAAAAUAAAUAAUAGUUGUACGAGUUAUCAUAAAAGACAUGUUUACUAAUCAUGGUACCACUACAGAAACCAUCAACAAUGCUUGUUAUAAGACUUAUCAUUGAUUGUUCAUCUCGAUGUGAAUUCUUUAUAAAAAGUGUGGCUUAGUUGGAAUUUUUGGUGAUAUUCGUACUUAAAAUACUGUUAACUACGAUAUACUAAUACAAUUACACUAUCUGGUUCUUCGAGCCGGAUAUGAACAAGCAAACUAUUUUGUAGUAGGCUCGAAGGACCAGAAAAGUGUAAUUGUGUUCUAGUUGGUGUGUUUACAUUAAAAAACAAGGUGAUUGAGUUUUUCUCAAUAAUAUAAGACUUUUAAGAGUCAUAGUAAUCCUUGUAGCGAUAAAUGAUCGAUGGUUCUGCAGAUUUGGAAAAUUUAUUCAAGUUGAUAAUAAUAGUAAUCUACUUUUAUAAGCAUCAAAGUUCCUAACUUUUCAUUGGCUCUAUAAUAUGUCUAAUUAAUUUAAAGAUAAUUUAUUAUCUGCUCACAAAUGCAUGCUAUAUGAAAUUUCAAAAAUAUUUUUUAUAACCAGUACCACAGUUAUGUCAAAAAAAAAGACUGAAAGAAGAGAGGAUUGUUAGGAUGGAAAACGAUGGAUCAGUAUUUGUACUGAAAUUUUUACUAUUUAUGUCAAAAAAGCGCGAAAUUCAUUAUUACAAUAUUCUUGAAUACAGGAACGAUUUAAAAGCUUUUUAAAUAAAAUUUGAAUGAAAACGAAAAAGGAUAAAACAUAUUUUUAAUUUAUGUGUAGUCAGCAUGUACCUUAUAACCUAUUUAGGGAAAAAAUAAGACAAGCAACAGGGAAGAGCUUUUGCGUUAAGUUUGCGUUUGGAACCACUGAACUGAAUUCCUUAGUUAAGUGGAAUCAUUUCUUCUGUAUCAGGGGAAAUAACAUUCCAAAAGUUGGCAGUCAUGCAACAAAUUGCUAGAACUGAAAAUAUUGACAUUUGUAACCACUAAACUGAAUUCCACAGACCACCUGAAUUCAAUUAUACAAAGUGUGAGUGGAAUCAUUUCUUGUAUAACAGAGAAAAUUAUAUUCCCAAAUCUGGCACUCACGCGACUAAUUGUCAAUUGUCACAACUGACAUUUCUGUCAUGAUUUGUUUGUUUUUAUAAGUAAUUAAGUAUUGUGAAAGAUAUAAUUAGUUAUUUUCAUAACUGUUUAGAAGAGAAUAUCUUACAGUACGUAGCAAUGCCUUAUCAAGUGGUUAUAAAGAGAUAAUAACAUAUUUUUAAAGUCAUGGUGGAACGUUAAUUCCAAUUACCAUUGUAAGAAAUGUAAGUAAUAAUUACCUCAUUGCAUUUAAACGCUAGAGACUUAUUUAACUUAUUCAAAAGUUAUAUAACAGGUAAUUUUAAUCUUCCAUGUUGCUUGUUGUAAAAACUGUGAUAGUCUACGAGCUAAAGGCGCACGUUUCAUGAAGUCCCUUAAUAUUUUUAACUCAAUUAGAUAGAUCUAUUGAGUAAACCUAUCUCUGUUGACAGACUUGUUUCUGUUUCAAUAAACUCGAAAAUAGUCGUUGCACACCUUUGUUUAAAGAGUGACUUUCUGUUAUUAGAAUUUCAUAUUGUCUAAAAGUUUUGUAUUUUUACAAACAACACUUGAAUGUUAAUCGUCUCAAAAGUGCCUACCUUUGCUUUUAAAUUAACUUCUCAUUUGAUUCUGAUUUGAUAAAUCACUUUUUUGAGGCAUAAUUUUUUGUAACUUCUUCUCAUCUUUCUAGUAAGUAUUAGAAGACAAAAUUUCAAGGAAGCACUUCAUGAAAUGUUUCAUCACUAGCUUUCUGACUAUAAUACUUAUAUAGGUACUGAUCCAUAAUGUAGUUAACUAUAUUACCAUUCUAUAUGAUAUAUUUAUCUACAGAAAGCAGUGGCGUUUAUUGAAUUUUAAUUUUUAUAAAUUCUUUUGACAGCCACUGGAAGUGAAUUUGGUUUGGGUGUUAAUUGAGAAUAUUGUACAUAUAUAAUAGUAUUAUCCGCUAAAUAUUCUGGGAAAUUGUUGAUUAUAAAUUAUCAAAUAUAGUUUAUGAAUCGAAUUUUUAGUUAUUUUUAUUACUUUCAAAGUGAAUCAUAUUGUGCAGAUAUUUACAAAACAAUAUGAAUCACUUUUUGCUUUGUUACUAUUCCCUGUAUCAAAGUGGUUUGUUAAAUAAUGUCUGCGACUAUUUUUAUCUUUUAUUGGUCUCAGGAUCAGCAGUAAUAUGAAAAAACGAUUCAUCGAAGUCACGAUAAACAUGUUAAAUUAAGAUAAAUUGAAUUAUUUACUUAAUUUUUUUACUCGUGAAUUUGAAGAUAUUUUCAAACAAAUAACUGUUAAUAAGAACAAUAAAAGAAAUAUCUAUACAAUAGAACAUCUUACAUAUUAUAACAGCGACAUGUCAAGGCACAAGUCGUGUGCAUGAGCUCUUCCACACGUAAAAGAGAUCAUGCGCUCUCCGCACAAAUAUAAAUGUAACUCUUGUUGGGAUUCAACAUUUUUAUUUGUUUUGAAAUGGUAUACAGCACUUUACAUCUAUGGUGGGUGGACUGAAAAAUUUCUUUUCUAUUGCCCAAUUAUCUGAUUUCAGCCCAAAAUGAGGUUAAUUUGGUUUCCUUUAUGCUAUUUUUUUCCAAACCUCAAAUUGUGACCAAAUCAACAAUACAACAUUUUCAUUUUGUAAAGUUAGAUCUUGCUUCAUUAUUAUCCUGUCCAUAUCCACUAUGGUUUCUUAUUUGGUCCUCCAGAUAUUGUAAGAGUGAAAAAAUACAGUGGAAAUUAUAAUUAAUGAAGCUAAUUAUGACAUGUGGCUAUUCUGUAGUCAAUAAUCAAAUUUAAAAUCAAGGUUAAGCUCAUUAAAUAUAUAUAUUUAUCAAUAUCGGAAUGAUUUUGAAUUAUAUGGCCCAAAGAUGUGAACCUACAUAACUAUCACUUAUAUUUUUCACGUUUUCUCUUGGAAAUUGUCUAUGUUUCUCAAAAAUAAAUAAUUUGAGUGUAUUUUGAUUUUGGUACACUCUAUAUUAUCAAAAGUAAUGGAAAAUUGUCCUUUUUUUACCAAAAAGUAGUUUGACAAUGUAUUAAAUUACAUUUUAAUAGUUGUUUUUUUAAUAAAAUUUGAUUAAAAGUGGAAAAAUUUCAAAUCUUUAACUACAUAAGAAAACUAUUCUCAUUGGUUUUCAGUUGUGACGUCAUAGGUUUAAUAAAAACAUUGAGCUGUUGUCUGCUUGGUGAUCACGAUGUUAUCGUUUCCGGCAACGUAGCGUGUGCUGUUAUAAUACAGAUUUCAUUUAUUGGUUAGUAAAUAAACCUUUUAUAGGUUGAAUUCCUACAUUAUUACAUACUCACGUUAAAAAUUAAAAGCAUAAUAAACGUAGCGGCACAAAACAGGAUUUAUAUACCAUUUUUUUGCUAUAGUUGUAGACAAAUUGUAAUGAUUUACUCGUAUAUAACGGUUAUUGUGGAAACUAAAGUUGUUUUUUUAAUAAUAACCAUCUUUAUAUGACUGUUAAACGUUGAAUAGUAUUUUUUUAAAACAUUUUUCUCCGUGUAAUAUAUCUUUAUUGAUAGAUCGUUGACUUGUAUAAAUUUAUAUAACGUUUUUAGAUGAAAAUCAUUCUUGAUGUACAGAUUUUUUAGCGGAUAUGUAUAGUGGGAGGUAAGACUACAGAAUUUCUAUAACCGAAACGUUAAGAAAAUGUUAAAAAAAUUUUUUAGAGACAUGGCAAACUUGCCACAUUUCGACGUUAUGUUUUAGAUGAUCCAAAUUAUCUUAUCUACUAUACAGUUUGAGUUUACCUCAAUAUUUAGUUGAUUCUUCUUCUACUUUUAAAUCUAUAUUAAAGUUUAGUGAUUUUUCUAGUUUCUCGAUCAAAUUACGUUGUACAACCCCAUUUUUUUGUCACCCUGUAUUAUCGUCGGUUAUAAAGUUUAAAACAUUUUCUUUAAACUAUGGAAUUUAGUAAUUCUGUACCGUCUACUAAUUCAAAUCUAUAAGAAGUACAAUCUUCUUUGGCUCAGGAGGAUUGUACUUGAAGUGGAUAAAAAAAAUAUUAAGAAAA